AUGCUCAUUGGAAUAUUAAGAAAAACCCCAGCAACGUCCUUCUUAAUGGCCACACGGGGAGGUCAUUUUGACUUGGUUAAGACAUGUCUCAAGAUGGGGAUGGGCAGCAAUGACCAAACUGAAGAGGGACUUCGAGAAGCAUUGGAACGGGGUCAUUGUGAUACCGUCGAGCUGUUGCUGGAUGAAGAAACCGACUCAGUGACCUUAACUACGCAAAUUCCAUCUCUUAUAUUGCGUGCAGCAGCGGGCGGAAACCUUGCAAUGGCCAAUGUCUUUCUCGCAAAGCAGGAAGUAAAUCCGACUGCCAAAAGAGGCACUUGGGUCUGUAGUCUCGAAUGGGAAGGUUGA